CCCCCGAGGCACCCUCUGGCCGUCUCUGCCGCGGCUACGGCCUGGGCGGACGGUGCGCCUUGCGCAGGCGCGAAGCCUAGACCUCGCUGCAGCCCCCCCAUCGCCUCCGGGAGUCGCACCCAGGGAGGUCGCCUGCUGGCGCGUCAGUGCUCUCCCCCUCGUCUGCCCUCCCCGGUCCCCCCAGCACCCUACGCGCCCCGAUGGCGGAGUUGCGGCCUAGCGGCGCCCCCGCUCCCACCGCGCCCCCGGCCCCUGGCCCUACAGCCCCUCCGGCCUUCGCCUCGCUCUUCCCCCCGGGACUGCACGCCAUCUACGGAGAGUGCCGCCGCCUUUACCCAGACCAGCCGAACCCGCUCCAGGUUACCGCUAUCGUCAAGUACUGGUUGGGUGGCCCAGACCCCUUGGACUAUGUUAGCAUGUACAGGAAUGUGGGGAGCCCUUCGGCCAACAUCCCUGAGCACUGGCACUACAUCAGCUUUGGCCUGAGUGAUCUCUAUGGCGACAACAGAGUCCAUGAAUUCACAGGAGCAGAUGGACCUAGUGGUUUUGGCUUUGAGUUGACAUUUCGUCUGAAGAGAGAAACAGGGGAGUCUGCGCCCCCAACAUGGCCAGCAGAACUAAUGCAAGGCUUGGCCAGAUAUGUGUUCCAGUCAGAGAACACCUUCUGCAGCGGGGACCACGUGUCUUGGCAUAGCCCUUUGGAUAACAGUGAGUCGAGAAUUCAGCACAUGUUGCUGACAGAGGACCCGCAGAUGCAGCCCGUGCAGACACCGUUUGGGGUGGUUACCUUCCUCCAGAUUGUUGGCGUCUGCACCGAGGAGCUCCACGCAGCCCAGCAGUGGAAUGGGCAGGGCAUCCUGGAGCUGCUGCGGACAGUACCCAUCGCUGGCGGCCCCUGGCUGAUAACUGACAUGAGGAGGGGAGAGACCAUAUUUGAGAUCGAUCCACACCUGCAACAGGAGAGAGUUGACAAAGGCAUUGAGACGGACGGGUCCAACCUGAGCGGUGUCAGCGCCAAGUGUGCCUGGGAUGACCUGAGCCGGCCCCCCGAGGACGACGAGGACAGCCGGAGCAUUUGCAUCGGUACUCAGCCCCGGCGGCUCUCUGGCAAAGACACGGAGCAGAUCCGGGAGACCUUGAGGAGAGGACUUGAGAUCAACAGCAAACCCGUCCUUCCGCCAAUCAACCCCCAGCGGCAGAACGGCCUCACCCACGACCGGGCCCCGAGCCGCAAAGACAGCCUGGAAAGUGACAGCUCCACGGCCAUUAUUCCCCAUGAGCUGAUCCGCACGCGGCAGCUCGAGAGCGUACAUCUGAAAUUCAACCAGGAGUCAGGAGCCCUCAUUCCUCUCUGCCUAAGGGGCAGGCUCCUGCACGGACGGCACUUUACAUAUAAAAGUAUCACAGGUGACAUGGCCAUCACCUUUGUCUCCACGGGAGUAGAAGGCGCCUUUGCCACCGAAGAGCACCCUUACGCAGCUCAUGGACCCUGGCUACAAAUUCUGUUGACUGAAGAGUUUGUAGAGAAAAUGUUGGAGGACUUGGAAGAUUUGACUUCUCCAGAGGAAGUAAGCUGUUUGAUUCUCUCUGACGGCAGGUUCCAGUCUCCAGGAGCGUGUGUGUGUGUGUGCGUGUGUGUGCGAGUGUGUGUGUGUGUGUGUGUGUGUGUGUGUGUGUGUGUGUGUCUGACGUGUGGAGAUAGGCUGGAAAGGAGAUGUUAAAUGACUUUACUUCUCUUCCCUGAACCACCCCCUACCCCACCGCCAGCCCUUGUAAGGACACCCAGCAAAUUGUCUGAAUUGCCAACUCCUGAGAACCUCAUUGAAGAGGCAGCCAGGGCCUUCAGGCUCCUCAUUGAGGAGCACAGAGUUCUCCUCAGUCCCUGCUGUUCCCUGGCAGGUUCUGAACAGAAAGCCCACGCCUGCUGCCAGAGAACAUUCCACGGGAGAGUUCUGGUGGGCAGCGAGGGACUCCUGCUCUUGCCUCAGGCCACCCAGGAGCCACUCUCCUUCCUCCCUUCUCUGGCCAUGAGCUCUCCCCUCUGGUCCAUCUCUUCCAGCCCUAGCCAAGCUGGCGGGCCAGGUGGGGGCCUGUGCUUUCCCUGGCUGUUCUGCUGGGGUAUAGGAAUGGAGCCCAUAAUCCCCUUUGUUUUUCUUCCUUGUUCCCAGCAUCCUCAUUUGUGGGGAUUUACCUCAUCCUGGAAAGUCCCUUCCCCUCCCCCCGGCCUCCUACCAAGUAGCACCCCAGGGUUGAGCCUUCCUGGCCUCAGUGCCCUGCCCGAUAGGUUAAUGGAACAUUAACAAAGCUGGCUGUCCUCCUGCUCUUCUGGGCCUCCCCUGCCCCGGGGCAGAGACCCUUCCUUCGUCCUUUGUGCCAGGAAGUGUGUUUGGGGGAGAGCGCCUUCACCUCCCAGGGGCCAGGCUUCCAAGCUAGAGCGAAGUCAGGCAGGAGCCAGCUUUCAGCCAGGGCUGGAGCUUCCAGUUGCCGGGGCUUCCAGGGCCGAGUCAGCCAGGACACGGAGGCCUCCGACAGACGUCCACGGGGCAGAGGACAGUGCACAGGGCAGGACUGGCCCGUCCAGGUCUCCAGGUGAACAGGAAGUCCUCAGAGCCUGAGGUCACCCCCAAAGGGAUAGUGUCUUCUCUCUCCUCUGGGAUGUGGCUUGGUAAAUUAACUCAUUUAUACGUUCAGAAGUCACCAAGUACCCAGUCUGUGCCGGCCAGUCAACCCCCGCAAGUCACCGGUCCCUGAAGCCUGGCUCCCAUUCAGUCAGACCAGAGCCAGCUGCCCAGAAGUGCUUCCGGAGAGGCCAUGUCGCACAGGGACGGCACCAUGCCAGACUGCUGCUUUCAGCUCGGGUGCUGAGGGGGUGGAAGGGGGGUAGUCCAGGCAGGAGGGACAGGAGCCAGGAGGAGCUUAGGAAAGUAGGUCACUAAAAAUGACUUUUUUUUUCUUUCCUGUCCAGAGGCUGUCCCCACACCCUGCCCUACUCUCCACUUUGGUCCUGGCUUGGACAGUCCCCCAUCAGAGGGAGGGAGAGGGAGCCAGCCAGGAAGUGUCAGGCCCACCCACUGCCAGCACCAGCUCUAGGCAGGCUGAAGGCCCUGCUCUUCCCUCCUUCCCAGCCUGGCCUGCCUUCUUGCCUGGCCCCGGGGCAGCUGGAGUCAUAAAAGGCAGACCCUGCUCCUAAAUCGCGGAGCAUCUAUGAGCACCAUAGGACCCAUGCAGGGUCCUAGCAUACACAAGGAAUAAGAUAGGUCAGCCUCUUCCCUUACCCCCACCAGAAGCUCGAGAAACACAACUGUAGGCAAAUCAGUGAUUCCGGGGAGUUGGGUAGGAAGACCUUGGGCUCUCCUUGGCCACUGCUGGCACCUCUCUCAGGCUGGUAACCCUGGGAAGGAGGUGAGAAUGAACAAGGGGGAGCAGGAUGGGGGUUUACUCCACUCGAGAAUGCACCAGGCCCAAGAAAUCACCUUAAGCCACACUAGCCGUGCUUCUCGGCACCCACCGAGGCCGAGCCAGGACCUCCUUCUCUGGGGACCCUUUGGCAAAGGCUACAGAGGGCCAGUUCCAGCGUUCUUCCCCACCAGCCUCAGAAAGAAGCCAUGGCAGGGACAGAACCGCAGAUUUCCAGACCUCAAGCCACUUCCCUGUAGCAUCUGCACCCUCCCCUGCCCCCCAUCCUCUAGCCCCUGGGCCUCAGGGAGCAGAUUCCUUACAUGCUUGAGGCAGAACCAAGGAAGUGAGCUGGAGGGAGGUCAGCACAGUCAAGAAAGUGUUAGAAAACAAGCCUCCUCCAACCCCAGUUAAUUAUUGGCAGGGCAAGGGGAAAGGAGGGGUCAGCGAACUCCAGCAGCUUGACCCCAGCCGCCCACCUGGGUCUAGCAUUGGUGACUGAAGCCAGGCAACCAGUGGCCUGUCUUGCCCCCAGCACCCAGGGGACGGGGCCUCGGUGAGGGUCCUGGCCUCUCUCUAGGCAGCGUGGGAAGAAGGCAGAGGGUUCUGCUAACCAUGUAUACUCUGGCUCUGUGCUUGUUCCCCCUCCACAGUUCAAACUUCCCAAAGAGUACAGCUGGCCCGAAAAGAAGCUCAAAGUCUCCAUCCUACCUGACAUGGUGUUUGACAGUCCGCUGCACUAGCCUGGGCUGGGCCCUGCAGGGGCCAAGGGAGAGCCCAGCUGCUCCCCGGUGACUCCAGUGUAACAACUGCGUAAACGAGACUCCCACAAAUAAAAGGACAAGUGUGAGGAUGACCACGCAGCCACUGCGCCCGUAGCCCGCUGGGAUGCCACGCACAGGCCACAGGCCCCCCCCUCACCUGCAGCUCGGGGGCCUCCCCCGGCAGCCGGCCAAGCCAUGUGACCAGGCCCUGGCCCCAGUGGGCCACAGUUGGGCAAAUGCCAACCUUCCCCUCCUGCCACUGCCACAGGUUCCGUUUUGAGAUUUGCCUCCGGACCUCUGAUGUGCUCCUAGGUGGAGACAGGCCUGGUUCUCACCUACCCUCUGCCACACAGCCCAGCAGCAGGGAGGCGGAGUGGCCGCCUGCGCUGCCCAGCUCAACUCUGGGGAGCCUUUGUUAGUCAAGCUCCUCUGGCCAUGGAACGAUUCCUUCGAUCGUGUUUGGUUUUCUUCCUCCUUAUUUUAUUUUGUAGAAACCGGAUGGUAUUUUAUUGCUCUUCAAAGAUGCCCAGAAGCCAUCUAUAUAAUGUUUUUUAAACAGAACUUUAUUUCCAGAUGAACUUUCUCAUUCUCUCAGACAAGGGCCUGGGGCCGUCUCCCCCUGAGCUGCCACCAGAGAAGGUGCCAGUGUUCGCCUGCCAGUCUGGGGCCCUGGAGGAGCCAGCUUCGCGGAGAGGCUUUUCUUCCCAGCUGGGCCUGGUGGAGCCGAGGCACUCCCCCAUGCAGCCUUGAGCCCAGUUUAGCUGGGGCCAGGAAGGGCUGCUGCUGGUUCCCAGCUGGACUGGGUCCCCACAAAGUUCAAGGAUCAUCAGGACCUCCGAGACUUGGUGACUGCAGCCUCACCUUCCAGGCGUUUUCCUCCCAACCAGGCGUGCCUGAGAGAGGGCGAAGCCCAGCGCUUCACAGACCAUCCCCACCUGCCACUCAGGGCCUGGGUCUCCAGCUCUCUGCCACUCCCAUCCCAUUUCCUCAUCCCCUGGGCCUCCCAACCUCCAGGCUGCAGGACUCUGGCUUAUUAAAAACAGAAAAAUCAACCUCUCAACAUGUCUUUCAUUUUGGUUUUGCAAACGCUGCACUCUCCCACCCUCCCGCCCUCCCUGCAUCCAUUCAUUUCUCAUCCUUCAUUCUCUACCCCUUGUCCUGUCUCCUUUCCUGCAUCCUGGCCUCUCUCGGUCCUUGGUCCCUCAUCCCAGUACUGCAGGUCUCAUGGUCUUCCUAUCUCAUAGCCAGCCUAUCUCUGGCCCAUGGUUUUGGGGUUCUUCUUGGGUUGUCUCCCACUUUCGACCUGGAAUCAGCAAAGCCCCUUUCGUGCCCUCUUAGCCCCAACUCCAGGGACGGCUAUUCCGAGAUCACCCUUCAGGCCUUUCCAAAGCAAAGUCCUUUUGUCUGUCAUGGACCACACAGGCCCGUGCCCUGUCCCUGUCUGCAGCCACCAUACACACAGGCACCACCGGGAGUGCCAAGGAGGCCCACGGGGUGCAGGACGCCUCUGAUGAGCAGUCUAGCCAAAGAGCUGCCUCCAGGGGCCGUGAGGGUAGUGGCCAGGCUGUUGGACUUCCAAGGGGCCACUCGGGUCUGGUUCCUUCUCUGCAUACACCAGCAGGGCUGCCUGGUUAACCCCAUCAAACUCAGCGCUUCACGGCGGAUCAGCCUGGCAUUUGGGAGAGACGCCCCCACACGCACACAAGCGCCGAAGAUGGAAGCCCCUCGGGACCUGAUGUUGGCAGCAGCUGUGCCUUCUGCUCUGAGGACUUUUCCAGAAGGACGUUUCCUGGCCUUCACUCACCACAGCAUCCCUGCCUUUAAAGCUCUUGUCUUCAGACAUUUCAUGGCCAAAGAGGUGCCACUGGCUUGCCUCCCUGCUCGCCAUCCUGACCUGCCCCUCCACAGAUUCUUUCUUUCUGGGGACCUGCCUCUACCUGCCUGGUUUGGCUUGCGGGGAGGGGCUAUUUUCUGAGCUAAGUUUUGUUGUCAGUGUGGGAGGCAGAAGGGAAGCAGGGGAGCUCUGAGAUGAGCCUGUGAAGCCCGUGGCCCCUUCCUGCCCUGUCAGUGUAGGGAACCUCCAAAAUUUGGCUGGGACCAGCCUCCAUCUCCUUUCCCUACAGUGCAUGGGCUCUGGGGGAGUGGUAGAACAUUCGCCAUCUCUGCCCAGACCUCCUUUCCCUUAGGCGGUGGUGCCUUCCAGAGGUUUCUCAGCGAGGGGGCCCUCCACUGAGCUUCUGGCUGGUGAGAGGGGACCCUCACUAGGGAUGAAGCGAGGCUGACCGUGGGCCAUGCCCAGCACAGCACUUGGCAUAUGAUGGACGCUCACUAGAUGGACCCCUUCUUUCCCUCCCUGUAGCUCUUUGGGAGCCCUGACCUCAUUCCUCCCUCCCUAAAUCUGCCUCUUCCACAGGCUUCCUCGAAACUUGCCCCAUCCUACCCCGUCCCUCCAGGUCCCCGUGGCUGAAGCUUCCGAGAAGAAGGGGUUCCCCCAUGCUGUUUGCCAGCUAUACGAGGCAGACGCCCACGGCCCCUCAGGUCCAGUGUGGGCUGCAGGAGGACCACAGACCCCGCUGCCAUUCUGUGGGGCUGGAGAGGCUCAUGCAAGGUCUCAGGUCUGGCUGGGGAGCUGGUGCCUCUUCCUGCCCUUCUCUUCCCAAGGCGAGGCUUCAGGGCAGGGGCUGGGAAGCCUUGGGGAGAGUCUAAAGGGCUAGGACGUUUUAAAAAAUAAACACAGGGUCUUGAGACUGGGUUUUGAGAUUGAGUUGAGAGCAGGGAAAAAACCUGAAGGUCGGCCCCUAUGGGGCAGACCAGGAGAGAAUUCCCUUGACUGUAUUUUUUUAUCUGGUUGUCUUUCCUCUCUGGCUUCCAGGUCCCUGUGCCAGGUGAGGUACCUGGGUCCCUGUUGUAAGUCAGGAGCCCUGUAGAAAGAGCCCUCCUUUUGUACAAGUACCUGAAUGCUGCAAUGAGCAGACUUUUGUAAAAUUUUAUAUUAGUUUCUAAUGUCAAUGGUGACUCGGUUCCUGGGGGCUGCAGCCAGCCUGGGACUUUUGUAAGAAUUUUUGGGUGACUCACUUAGAUGUCGUUUCCUUCCUGCCCCCUCUUCCUCUGUGUAAUCUAAGUGCAUUAAACGUAUUUGCAGAA